CCCUCACAUUCUCCUUUCUCCAAAUAGGGUUCGCAUUUUUCUUUUCCUCGCUUCCUCAAUCUCACUCUAAAUCUAAGAUUUUUGUGAAAUAAAGGAAAAGAGAAAAAAGGAACUCUAAAUACAAAAUCAAUGGCUUUGACAAGUAGUUCUGCAGCAAUCUCAACCAAAUCUAUCCUCCAAACCCAUCAUCAAAACUCACUAAUCAACUCAUCUAAACCAAACCCAUGUUUGAUCUCUCUAUCUAAACAGAGAUUAUCAUCAAUCAAAGCUGUUCAUGCUGCUGAACCAGCAAAAAAUAAUUUAGUACCACCAAAACCCACCUCCACCACAGCAACAGCAGCAGCACCUAAAUUGAAGAGUGCUGAGAAAUGGGCAAUUGAUAGUUGGACUACAAAGAAGGCAUUACAAUUGCCUGAAUACCCAAACAAACAAGAAUUAGAAGCUGUAUUGAAAACUAUUGAAGAGUUCCCACCAAUUGUAUUUGCUGGUGAAGCAAGAAGUUUAGAAGAGAAAAUUGGUGAUGCUGCUAUGGGUAAAGCAUUUUUGCUUCAAGGUGGUGAUUGUGCUGAAUCUUUCAAAGAAUUCAACGCCAACAACAUCCGUGAUACUUUCAGAAUUCUUCUACAAAUGGGUGUUGUUCUUAUGUUCGGAGGUCAAAUGCCUGUCGUCAAGGUGGGAAGAAUGGCAGGACAAUUUGCAAAACCAAGAUCGGAUAAUAUGGAAGAGAAGGAUGGAGUGAAGCUACCAAGUUACAGAGGGGAUAACAUAAAUGGAGAUACAUUUGAUGAGAAAUCAAGAACCCCAGAUCCACAAAGGAUGAUUAGAGCUUACUGUCAAUCUGCAGCAACUUUGAAUCUUCUUAGGGCUUUUGCAACUGGAGGUUAUGCUGCUAUGCAAAGAGUUACUCAGUGGAAUCUUGAUUUCACCGAGCAUAGUGAACAGGGUGACAAGUACCGCGAACUUGCUCACCGUGUAGAUGAAGCCCUAGGUUUCAUGUCAGCUGCUGGACUUGGUGUUGAUCACCCAAUUAUGACUACCACAGAGUUCUUUACAUCUCAUGAAUGCUUGCUUUUACCUUAUGAGCAAGCCUUGACUAGGGAAGAUUCAACUUCCGGACUUUUCUAUGAUUGUUCUGCCCACAUGGUUUGGGUUGGUGAACGUACUAGGCAGCUAGAUGGUGCACAUGUUGAGUUCCUGAAAGGAAUCUCUAAUCCCCUUGGUAUCAAGGUAAGUGACAAAAUGGACCCUAACGAGUUAGUUAAGCUCAUCGAGAUCUUAAACCCAACAAACAAGCCAGGUAGAAUUACAAUUAUCACAAGGAUGGGAGCUGAGAACAUGAGAGUGAAGCUCCCUCAUCUGAUUAGGGCAGUCCGUAGAGCCGGGCAGAUUGUUACUUGGGUCAGUGACCCCAUGCAUGGAAACACCAUCAAGGCUCCAUGUGGUCUCAAAACUCGUCCAUUCGAUUCAAUCAGGGCUGAGGUACGAGCAUUCUUUGAUGUGCACGACCAGGAAGGAAGUCAUCCAGGCGGUGUUCACUUAGAGAUGACUGGACAAAACGUGACAGAAUGCAUUGGAGGAUCUAGAACAGUGACUUUUGAUGACUUAAGCUCACGUUACCACACUCAUUGUGACCCUCGUCUGAAUGCCUCCCAGUCGCUCGAACUUGCAUUCAUUAUCGCUGAACGACUUAGAAAGAGAAGAAUUGGAUCAGAACAAGCACUUGGUGGAUUCUUAGGGAUGUAAAAGUAACUAAAAGCAAAAGAAAUCUCUAAUUAAGUGUUGUUGGUUUAAUUUUUUACAUGGUUCCAGUUGAACAAAUGUCUUAAUUUUUAAUCAUGGGUUUUUGUGGGUUUAAACUAUGUGUAUGUAAUGUAUACUAUUAGUGAAACAAGUCAUGGUUUGGGGAUUUUGAAACCUUGAAAUGAAGAGGGGGAGAACAAAUAAAGAUCUAUUAAUUAAUUUAUUUUAUUUCUUCUUUUUGAUAAGAAGCAUUUCCGAUA